AUGUCUUCCGACGAAAACCUAAACGAAACCAUUUCUUUACAGUUGACGAUGAAAGGUAAGAGGAUUGAUAUUUCUGAUAAAGAGCAAACAACAAUGAGAGAAACAAAUUUGAAGAGAAAAAAUGUCAAAGAAACUAAAACACCAAAGAAAACAAAACGUCAACGCAAGAAAAGUCCAACAAAAAGAAAAACUCCUGAAAAACGACAACUGCAUGAUUCAGAAUCUGAUUUUGAAAGUAGUCGUCCAUCAAAGAAGGCAAAGAAAAAGGAGCCACCAAUCAAGAAAGAGAAAAAAAACAGUGAGAAGAUUAGACAUCGAGAGACAUCUGAACAAGAAAAAUGUAGAUUUGGACUUGGAGAAUUAAAUGAAGAAUUUAUUAAUGAACAAGAUGAAGGAGAUACAGAUCUCGAAGAUAAUGAUUCUGAUAAAGAUGAAGAUGAUUCUGUUGAGGCGUAUGAAUCAAAAUUAUAUAAAAUGCUUAAUUGUUUUAAGAGGAUGAAGGAAAAGCCGAAUUCAAAGUUCAGUGAUGCAAUAACAAAGUUCCCAGAAAAGGAAAGUUUUAGGAUUUUCAAACCCAGAAACACGGGUGUUACAACAGUAAUGGGUCUAAAAACAAAUGAUCAAAAAGAGAAUGAAGCUAAAGACAGAAAUGGUGAAGAAGAAAAUGAUAAUGAUGGAAUAAAAGAGAAAGAUGGAAAGAUCAAUGAAAAUGAGAAUGAUGAAGAGAAAAACGAUAAUGAGAUUGAUGAAACAAAUAAUCAUGGAGAGACUAUUCAACAAAGUGAAAAUGAAAAUUUGUUGGAGAAAGUUGUUGACAACAUUAUGGAUAAUGUAGUUACAAUUGGAUUUUCACGUUUAAAUAGUCAAGAAGAUGAAAUCUGGAAUGACCCUUAA